AUGGGGACGCCUGGUGGCUGGUACCCGCGUGGUCCACGGACAGGCACGAACGCGAAGGCAUGGUUCGAACGUAUGAACGCGGAAUUACUUUCACUGAACCAUGAAGCAGCAAAAUACGGAUGGGAUUUAAGCACACAGCCACAGGGCCGUGGGGAAUUCACGCUCGAAAGCAUGGUCCAAUUAGCUCAACGAAGGUCCGCCUGGUUACAGGACACCUGCGACGAGGGCGCCCUCUAUCGGCAGCACGGUUGGCCGUACGAUCGCGCGUACUAUCUCCUGUGCCGAGGGCCACGCUACACCUCCGAGGAACUGAGCCAAAUGGCACGGUUGUUUUCCAUCAUCCAACGCAUCUACACGGAGUCUGAGGUUUGUCUGCCAACGAAUUGUGAGCUUCCGGUCGAGGAUGACGGCAGUGCACUGUGGAGUCAGACAUUUGUGCGGUAUCCAUGGCUUAGCACCGUUGUACACCUAAAUCUCGCCUCGGUAGCACCGGUUCCAGCGCAAGUAAUCUAUCAGAACCUGAAGCUGGAUAUACCGGAACAGUUGGAAUGUUUCACCGGAGAACCGGAUUUGGAGCGUCUCAUGCUCUCCGACGGCAUAGACCGGGUGUGUGGCGGUCAGUUGCAAAACGAGGCGGUUCUUCGCUGGGCAUGGGAAUCCUGGCGAAUGGUGGCUGGGCCUCCGAUGCGCAAGAAGUACGGACAACUCAUCGAUCUCAUGAACAACGGUUGUCUGCGGGGAGCGAGUCACCAGGAUGCGGGUGAGUGCUGGCGGGAAGAGCUAGAAAUUGCCGACCUCCGCACGGUGGUCGAUCGUUUGUGGCUCGAAGUUAAACCACUGUACCAGAAGCUGCACGCCGUGGUGCGCCAUUUCGUGCGCCGGAAGUACCCCACGGAAGCAUCCGCCAUUGAUGGUGAUGGUCUUAUUCCUGCGCACCUUGUCGGUGGAAUGUGGAGCCAGUCUUGGGUUGGUUUUAGUCACGAUAUCAUCCCACAUCCGGUGGACAUCGAUCAAGCGUUCGCACGGACCAACUGGACCUCGAUGGAUCUUGUGCGGCGUGCGGAGGAUCUGUACGCUUCCGUCGGGUUGCCACGCAUGCCGGGUGAGUUCUGGAACAACAGCCUAAUCGGCAACACCAGCAGCAUGGGUAAAUGCCACGGAACAGCGGCCAAUAUGUUUGCGGAUGAUGCGUCCGAUUUGCGAAUGAUCGUGUGUCCUCGCACGGAAGCGGUGGCUCAAGAUUUUUACGUGACGGUUCACGAGAUGGGACACAUCGUGUACUACAUGGAGACCGCCAAGCUGCCCACCAUAUUCCGCGACGGUACGACGGCUGCAUUUCAGGAAGCGUUCGGUGAUGCCAUGUAUCUUGGUGCCGUAACACCACAACAUCUCGUCCGGCUUGGGUUGCUUGACUCGGAGCACAUGGCACCGGAAGCAAAGACGGGAUCUUCGUUGAAUUCCUUCGAUUACGCGUUCCUGUUGCGCAUGGCAUUGGGGAAAAUUCCUUCCAUUCCCUUCGAGUACCUCAUGGACCGGUACCGUUGGGAUUUGUUCGAUGGCAGCGUUGACUACUCGAGCGAGGCUAAUAGCUAUUUCUGGCGUUUGCUGCAACAACAGCAAGGCAUUCGGGCUCCUUCCUCGGUACGAUCGCGGACUCCAUUUUUCGAUGCCGGCGCUGUGUACCAUCUUUCCGAUAAUACACCUUUCGUGCGCUAUUUUCUGGCAAGUCUCCUGAGCUAUCAGAUUUACGAGGGUUUGUGUCAGAGCACGCUGUACGGCACAGUCAGCAGCGUGACCAACGAAAUCCCGAUGCCAUUGCAUAGGUGUGAUUUGUAUGGCUCGAAAAAGGCUGGCAAGCUUCUGAAGAAAUCCCUGGAACUCGGUGCAUCCGUACACUGGACCGUCGUGCUGGAGGCGCUCACUGGAGACGUGGAGAUUUCGGCAAACAGUCUGCUCAAGUACUAUCAACCGUUGAGCGAUUACCUAGAUGGUUUCAUCCAACGCCACCAGCUCAUCAUCGGUUGGGAACACUAACGGAAAUACCGAAUUUACACCACCCUCGGGACGGUUUUGCUACGACGAAAGAAACCUAUAUCGCACACCCGGAAACUGGUUGACAAUUUGAACCGGUAUUUAUUAUUCACCAAUUUUAACUCCCUUACUUUGUACGUCAGUGCGCGUAGUCCUUUUACACUUUGGGUAACAAAUUAUAAUGCGCGCAGCUCCAGCACAUAAGCAUAGCCUCACAAUAAUAUUUGC